CUUAAUAUUCUCUCUCUCUCCAUUUUCUCGCUUCAUACGCAUAUCCCUUGCGUCGCUCGCUCACUCUUUUCUGCCAAAAAUUUCUUUGAUUUCUGGUCUUUCACUCCCUCAAGUCUCUGACUCGUCUCUCUCUCGCGCGCGUAACAGAGAUAUGAACUCAAUUGCGAGGCGUUUAUCAAGCUUAUUCAGACAGUCUGUUUGCACAACUGAACCCUUGAAUAACGGGCAUCAUCAACUGCAGCAGCUUCAGCAAUGCAGAGGCAUACGAGUGAAGGUCUUAAAUGGGAAUUUGGAACAGGCAUUGGGAUUGAUGCAGCGCAAGAUGCAAUCAAGUGGGAUCGAGAGGAUGAUAAAGCAAGAACAGAGAUUCCAUAUCAAAAACUCUGAGAAGCGUGUUUUAGCCCGAAAGAAUUUGGAGCGGAGGAUUCGAUCCGAGGACCUUUCUAGGAAACUCAAGGCCAUUAUGAUGAAGAAAGUCAGGGGUCUAUGAGAAUAUUGCACUAUUGUUGCAUCAAAUAUGGUUGGUGUAAGUUACAGUUAUUUUGUAAUUUGUUGUUGGCACUUUCAAAUUGCGUUUGGGUUCAUAUGUACUACUUUGGUAGCUGUGAUUUUGGGUUUCAGAUGCAUCGUUGAAAUCUGUUUAACUAUGAAUAAAUUAGACAUUUUAUGAUAACGGUUAUUUUAUUUGGUUAAGUCCUGAUCUGGGUGAAUAUAUUAUAUAUAUGUUGAAUUUCCUCAGUAAUGGUGGAAACAAUUUUCAA